AUGAGUGAUCGGCCUCCCGUGAACAGUGAGGGACAAGGUACACCUCCGCCAUCUGACCAGUCUUCGCAACAACAAGACGGCCAGCAGGGGGCGACGGCCGGUACGCCUGCCGGCCCCUUGACGUUUUCUUUUCAAACAGUGCUUAUUAUUCUGAAUGGGGAGGGUGACGGCCGGCCUGAGGAUGGUUUCUUCCCCUCCUUUCAUCCUCCUAUCAAACGUGUCGCUAAGGAAACUUGGGAUUCGUUUGAAAAAGUUGCUCCAGAGGAUUUAGAAGAUAAAACAUGUCCCAUUUGUUACGACGAAAUGGGCACUGGUGCUGAAGAUGGUGAAAAUGCCAUUCGUAUGCCCUGCAACCAUGUCUUUGGAGACAAGUGUUUAAAGCAAUGGCUCGACACGCAUGACACGUGUCCUCUUUGCCGACAAACAGUGCCGUCUGAGAGUGUGCAGGGAUCUCCAGCACCCAUGGUCAUCCUCAUUCCCCAUCGUCGUGAGGAAGAGCACGUAAAUGUUGCAGAUGGUGCGGCCGCAGACGCGAAUGCCGCUGCUGGUCAAGGUGAAUCACUUUUUACAGCACCACCGCCAACUUUAACCUUUCCCCCAACCGGCGAGGUGCCUCAGGGUGCUGCUGCUGCUGCUACAGACGGUGCUGCUCCAACAGGAAACACUGAUGCAGAGGGUGAUGCCCAGCGUCCUCGCAGCGUCUUGCGCUUCAUUUUCGCCAGUCCAUUGCAGCCAACGGUCACGGGCGGUGCGGGAUUGCUUCCCCUGGCGUUUGCUAACCAAACGCCUGUUGCUGGUAAUGAACAACAGACAGAACAGGGUGUUGGCGCCGAAGGCGGUCAACCCCAGCAGCAUCCGAACCCCCUCGAUACCAUGCUAGACUUCGUGUCUCUGCUCAACAACCGUGGUAAUGCUGGACAGGACGGCGAAACGAAUGCUGCUGCUGCUGCUGCUGCCCCUCAGGAAACCGCGGCUCCUACUGACUCGAACGAACAGCCUCAAACGGCGAUGUCGAACGAGUCACCGGCGGUUCCUCGGUUCACCGCGACAACUCAUAUUCGCCUGCCUUUGUUUCCGGGAACGGGCACGUUCCCCCAGAUGGAGCGUCCUUUGAAUGCAGAUGCACCGAUGGCCGAAGCUAAUACUGCUGCUGCCCCCGGAAACGGUGCAGCGACAGAAACUGCAGCGAAUGCGCAAACGCCAGCCAAUCCAUCGCCAGUUGAAUUCAUCCAUAUUCGCUUUCUUCCUAUUCCCCAUCCAGCUGCGGAAAAUGAAACAAAUAGUCCAACAACCGCAGGUGCCGCUACUGGCGCAGAAACCGUUGAGACGGUAAACGAGAGUAACACCUCGUCCUCUUCUUCUAGUGAAUCUGCAUCCUCCACUCAAAAUCCAACCACAAACGGCUCUGCUGCUGCUCCAGAAGCCAAUCCUGCACAGCAGCAGACGGCAGCUGGACACACAGCUGCCACAGUCGGGGACUGGACGCGGUUUUUGUUUUCACGGAUACUGCCAUCACCUGUUCCUUCAGCAUUUUCAAGACCAGCAACGGCCCAGCCUGCUCCAACCAUUCUUCCCCAGCCGUCUAUGCGGAUUGUCUUUCCACGGAUGCUGCCUUCCAUGCACAGCCCAGUCGAUGCAGCAGCUUCGGCAGCCGCGCAGAAUGCUGUUUCUGCAGCCGCCGGUCAGCCGAAUACUACAACUCAGUCGUCGCCUUCACAAUCCGUCGAUGGUCAACAGUCUCCAGCGCCCGCUUCUGCGAACGAGCAGCGCCCUGCUACGCAACCACUGCCUCCCCAUUCUGUGCUGACACCUAUUAUUUCGCAGGCUAUCCGAGUAGCUCUUCGCCAAUUUCAGUUACGGAAUGCUUUACGAGCAGCAGAGGAGCGAGUUGCUCAAAUCGCCCAGCAAACUCGAGCGUCAUCGACAUCGACAAACGCGCCGUCUCCUGACGUGCCGACAGCGUCGGCAGCUUCAGGUAUGCAGCUCGAUACAUCACCGCCAGCUGCUGCGACGACAGUUGCUGCCCCUGUCCCCGUGAUAGCACAACCCCAGGCCCCUGCUGCUCCGGUGGCACAAGUAGAAGCACAAGCACAUGUUGUGUCUGGCCUUGAGGAGACUGCUGAUUCCCCUGCAGUGUCAUUGCAAAGCAGAAGCACGGUCCCUAGUCAGGAUUCUGUGCCACAGUCUGCAGUCUCAUCUCGUUCUGCAACUCCAUCACAACGACGCUCCACGCGCCAUCAUCCUUACGCCAGAAGUAGUUCGACACAUGUGCGCUGUCAGCUGAUGGAUCGUGGAGCAUGUAAUCCGAAUGAUGAAGUUGUUCGUUUCCAGUGCGGGCACUAUGUACAUCGUGGUUGUCUAUCAUCGGCUAAUCCCUCGUCGAACGAGACAGACAUGGAUGAAGAUGUAACCCAGUGUCCUGAUUGUCGGUCAUCUCCAACAAACCACUAA